AUAUUCCCUCUCCUAGAACCCGUAGACCUAUUAGAUAUUAACGGCACGGAAUACCCGGAAGCUAUAAGUAUCCCUAGAGAAAUCACGGACGACGAUAUACUCGGCGCUAUUAAGAUACUCCUAAACGAUAAAGCGCCCGGGCUAGACGGAAUUCCGAAUCGAUGCCUUAAGAGGACCAUAUAG